AUCAGAAAUGAACUCGCUGACAUCAUUUCUGCAACAUUUAUCUUAACACUCAAAGUUUCUUGUGUCACGAGUGCACUAUAAAUAGGUUGUAUGCUCUUCGGCCACGAUAGUCGAUUGAUCUAGCCAGAAAGAAUCAACUGAGUUUCUGUCGAUUCACUUGCAUCCAUGUAAGUGCAAAAUAACGAUGUUCGCGUCCCGCUUUCUGGCCUCACACUGAUUGUACAUACAUUGACCGCCACGUCAUUUAUCCGUAACAGAAACAAACUGGUAUGAUUAGAGUUUUCCCUGAUGUUAUUAUAUUUUGAAAUACAUCUUAUACGUUACGAAUGAAAUAAGGAAAACGAUUAGUUUAUCUAAUACGAUAUGCAUGAACGAAUCAUAAUCAGCGAGGAGCCCACCAACAAGUUCUCUCCUUACUAUGAUAUAAAGUAGCGACGCUUCACAACAUAAUGACAGUUAAUGCUAGAACAUACACGCGAGUGAACGUUAGGAAGUUACAAAUACAUAUACAUCGAAGAGCCUCGAGAUACAUGAUAUUGGUGACUAAACAACGUCCAAUCUACAUAAAAGAAGACUUAACCUCAGUUUCCAAGAAAUUCCACGUAGCAAAUACGUACAAUGAAAACGCUCGACAUGCUCCCUGUUAAAAAUAUAGACACAUUGUUAAUGCAAACGUAUGGCUCUAAUUUUCGAAUACACGAUGUGGAAUGGAAACAUUUAACAGAUCCGGGAGAAAACUUUGGUAGUAUAAUACUGGCUGUCACUAUCAACGCCGAGCACAAUGAUAAGAAGAGAACUCUAAAUGUGGUUGUCAAACUACCGCCAAGGUCAGCGUAUUUGCUAGAGUUGUUUGAUAGCCCAUUAACAUUCAAGAAGGAAUUGGAAUUUUAUAGCAUGGUAGCACCAGAAUUUUUGAAGUUGCAAAAUGAAAGCGGAAUCCCUCGGGAAUCCCUAAGCGUCAUCGUACCACAAUUUUUAGGCGGUAGAUUAGGUUUACGAGAUCCGCAGUGUUUCGAUGAACAGGCCGCCAUCGUUUUAGAAAAUCUAAAGACACACAAUUAUAUAACGCAAGACCGAAUUGUAGGUCUAGACAAAGUGCACAUGAAUUUUGCGAUCAAUCAUUUAGCCAAGCUACACGCCAUAGCAAUCGGUCUGAAGCUCAAGAAACCCGAAUUCUUCAAAAAAAUGGUAUUAUCUUGUCUAGAAUUCAACUUACAAGAAGCCACGGAAAAAGCGUCGGUAGAUAUGGUACAGAAGGCGCAUAAUGAUUAUAAAAAUAUGGAAGAAGCAAAAGCUUAUCUGGAUAGAAUCGAGAAAACAAUCGAAUAUGGAUUUACACAAACUGUAACGCCAGAAGAACCGUGGGCGACACUAGUGCAUAAUGAUUUUUGGGUAAAUAACAUGAUGUUCAAAUACGAUGAGUCAAAUAAGCCGAUCAAUAUGAAAAUUGUGGAUUUCCAAUUGACAGUCUACGACUACGGUGUAAACGACCUCAUAUUUUUCCUCAUAUCAAGUUCCCAGAAGGAGGUACUCGACAAUCAUUUUGACGAUAUGAUUGAUUUUUAUUACGACUCUUUUAUCGAGAGUUUAAAAUCGCUAAAUUUAGACACAAACGCAUUUCCCAAGAGUCAAUUUAUAGAGCAAUUGAAUCAAUGUGCACCCAUCAAAUUUAACCAGUGUAUCAUGAUGGUGCAAGUAAUACAAGCAGCGCGUGGCUCCGUUUCACAAACGGCGGCCGAAGAUGCAGACGAAUGCGUUUUUACAGGUGGAAUCGAUGAUGAUAAUUAUAAACAAAAAAUGUUGCACGUCUUAUAUAUGUUCGAUCGAAAGGGAUGGCUUGUAAAAUGAUGACGUAAAUUUCUAUUCAUAGUAAAUUAAUCCUUUAGAAAGUCUUUCUAUUUCUUGAUAUAAAAAUAAUUUGUAUAAUUCUGUGUAGUAAGAUGAACAAUCGUCCAAAAUUAGAUGACACAAUCUCAAAAUUUAACUCUCCAUCUCACUUUAUAACGCAUCCCAAAUUUUGUCCCAAAUUAAGAACAUAAUUAUGAAUUGUCUUUCUUUGAGAAUAAUAAGUAAAAAUAAUAAAUGUG